GCACUUACAAGCACCCACACACUCUUUCUCACAAGACACCCGGCGCGCUUUCUCUCCUGCAUGCACAUGAGAUCAGCAGCCACUCUGAGAGCGGAUCUGUUCAUAGCGGGCUGAUGAUGCCUCCCUGUGCGUGGCUGGUGACUCUGUCUGUGGCAGUACUGACAGGAAACAUUAUUGUUGCUGCUCUAAAUGAGAGAACGGAGAGGAACUGCUCUGCAACUCCACCGUACCUCCCUAGCACAGCGGUGAAUACCAGCAUCCAGCUGCAGGAGCUACGAGCGCAGAUGCUUCCCAUGAACAUCAGCGCCUACAUCAUCCCCGGCACCGAUGCUCACCUGAGCGAAUACAUUGCACCACGUGAUGCCAGGAUGGCCUUCAUGACUGGUUUUACGGGCUCUGCAGGCACUGCUGUCGUUACUCAGACGAAGGCCGCUCUGUGGACGGACAGCCGCUACUGGGUCCAGGCUGAGAGACAGCUGGACUGCAACUGGGAGCUGGAGAAAGAUGUGUCCACCAGCAGCAUUGUGGAGUGGCUCCUGUCUGAGGUUCCAUCAGGCGGCAGGAUCGGCUUUGAUCCUUUUCUCUUCUCCCUCAACAAACAGGAAGACUACGCCAUCAAUCUGGAGUCCAGCAAUCGCAGCCUCAAGUCCGUCCCCGUUAACCUGGUGGACCGAGUGUGGAGGGACAGACCGUCUCUGCCCCCUGACAGCCUCGUCCGCCUGCCGGACAGAGUAAUCCAAAGGUCCUGGCAGAUGAAGGUGGAGCAAAUACGGAGCCUGAUGAGGGACAAUCCAUAUCAGCCCACAGCUCUUCUUCUAUCUGCUCUGGAUGAAACGGCCUGGCUAUUUAAUCUGCGUGGCAACGAUAUUCCAUACAAUCCCUUUUUCUACUCCUACACUCUCCUGACUAUGAAUGAGAUCUGGCUUUUUGUCCACACCGACCGAGUGAGUGAGGACUUGAGGGUGUACCUGAACGCCUCCUGUACCGGGGCCCUCUGUGUGCAGCUGAAAAGCUACGACUCUGUCCUUGAACAUGUGAAACUGUACGUGGCCCGGCCUGGGGUUAAAGUGUGGAUUGGUACAGAGUACACAAACUACGCGCUUUAUGAGAUCAUCACACCAGAGGACAAACUAAUGACAAGCUCCUACUCUCCUGUGUUGACGACCAAAGCGGUGAAAGAUGAAACUGAGCAGCGAAUACUGAGAGAUGCUCACGUGAGAGACGCCGUUGCUGUCAUCCAGCUGUUGAUGUGGCUGGAAAAGGCCGUUCCAGAGGGGAAGGAGACCGAGCUGAGCGCUGCGGAUUACGUCAACAAAUGCCGCGAGAAACAGAAGGACAGCCGGGGCCCGAGUUUUGAAACUAUCUCUGCAAGUGGACCCAAUGCUGCUCUGGCCCAUUACAGCCCUACAGAGGAAAGCAACAGGAGGCUGACAGUUGAUGAGAUGUACCUCGUUGACUCCGGUGGCCAGUACCUAGACGGGACCACUGACAUUACUCGGACGGUUCACUGGGGGACACCCACAGAAAUGCAGAAGGAGGCCUUCACUCGAGUGCUCAUGGGAAAUAUUGAGAUAUCCCGAACCAUUUUUCCCUCAGGGACAAGAGGCGUAAACAUGGAGAUGCUGGGUCGCCGGGCACUCUGGGAAGUUGGCCUUAACUACGGACACGGCACAGGUCACGGUGUCGGCAACUACUUUGGAGUUCACGAGUGGCCGGUUGGCUUUCAGAGCAACAACGUUCCCUUCAGAGAAGGCAUGUUCACAUCUAUCGAACCUGGAUAUUAUAAAGAGAAUGAUUUUGGUAUCCGGAUUGAAGAUAUUGCAGUGACCCUACCUGUUAAUACAAAGUAUGGGAAUAACUUCUUGACAUUUGACACGGUGUCACUGGUUCCGUACGACAGGAAGCUGAUUGACACCUCUCUCCUCAGCUCAGAGCAGCUUCAGUGGUUAAAUAAAUACUACGAUACCAUCCGACGACUUCUGGGACCGGAGCUGGACAACCAGGGGCUUCACGAGGAGAAGGACUGGAUGCUCAGGAACACGGAGCCCUUCCCCGGGACUGAAUCCUCUGCCUCUGUCUCUUCCUCCUCAUUGACUCUGAUCAUGCUGGCCAUUGCUCUGCUCCACAAUAUCAUCUGAGCAUCUCCCAUUGCACUUCUCUGCAGACUUGCACACUAAAGUUACCCCUAUGCAGUCUCUUUGAGCAGCUAUACCAGGUUGACAGAUGCACAGGCAUUAAAAAAAAAAAAAGUGAGAUUUGUUUUAUGACUAUAAUGUUCGGUCGAUGAUUUUGUGCUGUUCAAGGUUUAUUGUGAUAUUCUGUUUGAUUUUGAAUGUUUAAACUUAUGAGUUUUCGAACUGGAGACUUGAAUGACCAGUUAAUAAUAAUAUAUUUUAUUAAAACAAAAAUGAAAAAAACAACUUGAGUAGAAGUUGUGUCUAAUGCGCUUAAGAUGUUUACACUCGCUAAUAGAUAAUAAUGAAUAUUGAAUUAUUCUGAUAUUAAUUUAACAUCUGUACUGAAAUCUAUAGAGGUUUUAAUCAGUUAUGCCAUUAGUUAUGAACUUACCAAAUUCUAAAAUUGGUCUUAUAAGUGUGCAAUUUCCAACAGCUGGAAUAGCAGGUGUUUCAUUCAAUCUGAAUGCUAACCAUGAAGAGGACCUUUUUCAAGAUGCAUAAACAAAGUAAACCUAUAUUUUCCCAAUCAUUUUAAUUAUUAAAUGGACGAUCAAAGUAUAAAACAUUCCAGCUGGUGACCCAACAACUUGGUCAAAGUUAAACCUUUUCACAGAGUUGGUCAAAUGUAAGAAGAACCGAUGAGUUUGCGUAUUUAAGAAAAUAAUGUGACAAACAUUGAUGACGUAAACAGUUGAGGGGAGCCCCUUUUGUCUGACAAGCAUGACUUCAGUUGACACCUUUGAAUCGUUUAGUUUUAAACAAUAUGUAUUUGUAGUUAAUCACUGAAAACAUCCCGUUUGAAUGUAGUAGAUUUUUCUUUUAAUUGAUUCAGGAAAAGAAAAGUUUUUUUCAUGGUCCAUUCGAGGCUGACACUGAGGGGAAAUGUUGUGUUUAUCCUCUAUAAUAAACUUCUAACAGAGUAACAACAGGAGUUAGCAAAUAAAACAAAGGUUCAUUUAGAAAUGUAGAAAAAAUAUGUGGUCUUUUUUACAGCUGAUGCCAGAAUUUAUGUUCUCGAUGACAAUAAUAGUGCCAUGUAAAUCAACAGAAAUGAGCUCGGUCAUAUAAUACUGCCUCACAGAAAGAGAAACAGACAAAAUUAUGUCUUUAACAGGUACAUUAAAAUACUUUUUGGUGCUUUCAGAAAACCAAAUUUGAGGGAAACCUCUUUCUGUAACUUCAGAAUUUAAUUGUACAAUUCAGUUGCAUCACUUCUUCCUUAAUACAGUAAAUUACAUUGUGGUUAAAAUUCCUGUUUUUUACAUGAGCACUAACAUAAACUGCUGUAACUUCCCUCUCAUUAAUUUAAGAUAUCUCAACCACAGUGAUGUUCCACAGGGUGGAACAGCUUUCAUGGUUUAAACCACUUUAUUCUCCAUUUCUCCAUCCAAACAUUUUGGCAUAUUUCUGAAUAACUGAGGGAUGUUAUAUACAGUUUGUUGCAAUAAUGUCUCUUAAAUGUUGAUAUUGUUAAGUUGUUUAUCAACCUUUGUCCAUCAACCAUUGACACUCCUUUUGGUUCAGUGUUUCAGGAUCUUUGCUUUGCUCAGACCUAAUAUUUGCAAAGCUUUUCAGUGUCAAACUUUAAACCUCUCCUGUCUGUUCCUUUUUUUAUAAUUCUUAUGAAAGUACAUAAACACUAAUGCUUUUUUUCUUAUUUAUAUGUUUUAUUAAUAAACCUUUGAGUAGAACUGC